AUGACGGUCAAACCAACUCAGAAGGACCGCGAUGCCAAUGUCGUCGGUCAAGCUCUGGCUGAAGUCCUCCCACAGACAGAUAAGUGGUGGUUUCAACAACCACACCUACUGAAGCUGAAUCUCUUGCUAGCGAUUCCAGUGCUGUCAAGUUCUGUCUCUGGUUUUGAUGGCUCUCUGAUGAACGGACUUCAGGCCCUUCCGCAAUGGACCAGCGACUUCGGCAACCCUCAGGGGAAGAUGCUAGGCCUGGUCAAUGGCAUCAUGACCGUCGGCAUGCUACUUGCACUUCCCAUCACUCCCAUACUCACCGACAAGUAUGGAAGAAAGAUCCCCAUCCUCUUCGGCUGUAUCGGCACCAUCAUCGCCACCGUGAUCCAGGUUGUUUCGGUCAACUACGGCAUGUUCUGCUUGGCCAGAGGAAUUUUAGGCUUUGCAAGCACCUUUAUGAUCUCCCCCAGUGCUCUACUCAUUGCUGAACUCGCCUAUCCGACGCAUCGUGCGAAAUACACUUCAGCAUUCUUCACCGUAUACUACGUGGGUGCCAUCGUCGCUUCAUGGGUUACAUUCGGCACCCAGAACAUGUCGGGUUCCAUGGCAUGGAAGGUGCCCUCGAUCUUCCAGGCGAUCCUCCCGCUGAUUCAGGUCCUGGCCUUUUGGUGGCUUCCUCAGUCGCCCCGUUGGCUCGUGGCCCAGGACCGCAUCCAAGAGGCUACUGAGAUUCUGACGAGGCUGCACGAUCCUACGCCAAACAGUCCCUUGGUUGCUACCGAGAUGGGCGAGAUCAUCGAGUCCAUCCAGAUGGAAAAGGAGGCGGCCAAUACAACUUGGGGCUCUCUGUUUGCGACGCCGGGCAAUCGUCGUCGUUGUCUCGUAGCUAUUGUCGUCGGGCUUUUCGCCCAAUGGAAUGGCGUCGGCGUGCUUUCUUACUACCUGGCCAAGGUGCUCGCAUCCGUCGGGAUCACGGGGACGUUUGACCAGACACUUAUCAACGGCAUGCUGCAAAUCUUUAAUUUCUUGGCCGCCUUGCUCGGAGCCUUCCUUGUGGAUCGACUUGGCCGGCGAACUCUGUUUUUGUGGUCGACCACCGGCAUGCUCAUCUCCUACAUCAUCUGGACUGCCUGCUCCGCGGUCAACAACGAGACCGGUAACUCCACUGCGGGUAUUGUCGUUGUCGUCUGUGUCUUUAUCGUUUUCUUCCACUACGAUAUAGCCUGGACGCCACUUCUCUUCGGAUACCCCACUGAGAUUUUCCCUUACUCUCUGAGAGCCAAGGGUAUCACACUCGAACUAUUUUUCAACUCUGGGGGCUUGAUGGUUGCUCAAUUCGUCAACCCAAUUGGCAUGGAAAGUCUCAGUUGGCGAUACUAUAUCGUGUUCAGUUGCAUUCUCGCGUUUGUCCUGGUCUUGAUCUACUUCUUGUUCCCUGAGACCAAAGGCCAUUCCCUUGAGGAGAUCGCUGUCAUUUUUGAUGGACCGCGGGCCGAGACAUCUGCUGCGCGAGAAAAGCAUGAUAUCGAGGUCAGCGAAGUGUAA